AUGGCGUACGACAGCAACCGCACAACCGGGCGGACCGCCAACCUGCACGAUGAAUCCGAUGUCGAAGAGGAAGCUCUUGUCAACGACUACCGCGAGCAGGUGCAUUUUGACGAUAGCAUGAGUGAGCUGGACCGGACGACGUCGCUGGGUGCCGGAUCGCAAACGCAGGAUAUACAGGCACAGCUAGUAGCGGCGGCCACACCGCUGGAAUUCCAGGCGACGCUGGAGACGAAGUUUGCGAGCUAUGAUAGCUAUUGUAGCCUGUUUCAUUAUAUAUUGAAUUCGGAUGGGCCGGUUGAUUUGGAUGUUCCUACUUAUUUCUGGGCGUGGGAUGUGAUUGACGAAUUCAUCUAUCAAUUCGAGUCGUUUUGCCGCUACCGAAACCGCGUUGCUCGCACUGGAUCAAGUGAAGAAGAAGCACAGCUCCUGAAGGAGAACCCGAACACAUGGGGAUGCUACUCUGUUCUCAAUGUUCUCUACUCACUGAUCCAAAGAUCCCAAAUCAACGAACAGCUUGCAGCUAUCAAACGUAACGAAGACCCCACAGCCGUUGCUGGAGAGUAUGGGAACCGGCCCCUCUACAGAAUGUUGGGAUAUUUCUCCAUCAUCGGGCUGCUCCGCGUCCACUGCUUGCUUGGCGACUUUAGCCUCGCGCUCAAGACACUUGAUGACAUCGAGAUGAACAAAAAGGCCAUGUUUGCCCGCGUCAUGGCCGCCCACUUCACAACAUACUACUACGUCGGCUUCUCGUACAUGAUGAUGCGCCGUUACGCCGACGCCAUCCGCAUGUUCAGCCACAUCCUCGUCUACGUGUCGCGUACCAAGAACUUCCAGAAGGGCAGCAACAGCUACGACGCCAUUGCCAAGAAGAACGACCAGAUGUACGCGCUGAUCGCCAUCUGCGUCGCCUUCCACCCCACCCGUCUCGACGACACCAUCCACUCCGCCCUCCGCGAGAAAUACGGCGAGAAAUUCAUCCGCCUCCAGCACGGCGGGCCCGAAGCGCUCCCGCUCUUCGAAGAGCUCUUCCGCUCCGCCUGCCCCAAAUUCAUCAGCCCCACCCCACCCGACUUCGACAACCCAGGCAUGAACAUUGACCCAGUCGACCACCAAACGGCCAUCUUCAUGGACGAGGUCCGCAACACCCUUUAUAACCCCACCGUCAAGUCCUAUCUCAAACUCUACACGACGAUGGAUCUGAAGAAACUAGCGGGCUUCUUGGACGUGGAGCCGCAGCAGCUGCGCUCGUGGUUGCUUGUUAAUAAGCAGCGCAGCCGACAGAUCCGGUGGUCGGAUGGCGGGUUGUUGGAAGGUGAGGUUGUCAAUGCGAAUGACCUGGACUAUGCCAUUGAGGGCAACUUGAUUCACAUUAGUGAGGCAAAGGCGGGGAGGAGACUGGUAGAUUGGUACUUGCGAAAUCUGGCACGCACGUACUAA